AUUUAAACGGUGAAAUUUUAUUUAUCAUUCUUUUUUUCGUGAUAAAUUUACAAUAAAAGAGAACUCACCUGAGUGAAUAGUAGUAUAAAAAAUUGAGACAUGCUUCGCCACAAAAGACCCUCUUUCUAUUCCAAACUAUUUACUUAAAUUGGGAUUGCCUAACAAACACUCUCUCUCUUUCUCUCACAUACACACACACUCGCUGCCUCUCUCUCUCUCUCUGAUCCAUUCAUUGGUGACCUUUGGAGUUUGGGCGAACAGGAACAGACCAAAUUGAAACCCAAAAUCCAAAUUUAUUACUCCAGAAAGGGAAAAAUAAGAGCAAUAAAACCCUUAUUUAGCUGUCUAAAUUCGGUAUAGCAGUGGUGUAUCUCUCUCUCAGGAGAUCUGAUGAUGAAAUGAAGUUCAUCUCUCUCUCUCUUUCCAAUUCCUAUAAAUAUCUGCGAGGGUUUUAUUUUUGGGUUCCCCUCUAAAUUGGGGAAAAUGCCACCUUUUCCGCCUCUCUUUCUCUCUCUUCCCACGAUCGGGACACGCCCGAUAUAGAAAUUUUGUCAGUCCACCGCAUGCUGUUUAUUUCUAUUCUCGUCAAACUGCGAUUUACAUAAUUUUUGGCAAAAUCAUGGCCAGAGAGAAAAUUCAGAUCAGGAAAAUCGACAACGCCACCGCGCGCCAAGUCACCUUCUCCAAGAGGAGAAGAGGACUCUUCAAGAAAGCUGAAGAACUCUCAGUUCUUUGCGAUGCUGACGUUGCCCUCAUCAUCUUCUCCUCCACUGGCAAACUCUUUGAAUAUGCCAGCUCCAGUAUGAAGGAAAUACUUGAACGACAUAAAUUGCACGCAAAGAACCUUGAUAAGUUGGAGCAACCAUCACUUGAGCUGCAGCUGGUUGAGGAUAGCAACCACUCCAGAUUAAGCCAGGAAAUCGCUGAGAGGAGCCAUCAACUGAGGCGAAUGAGAGGGGAGGAGCUUCAAGGAUUAAGCAUCGAGGAGCUGCAGCAGCUAGAGAAGUCCCUCGAGGCCGGAUUGAGCCGCGUUAUAGAGAAGAAGGGGGAGAAAAUCAUGAAAGAGAUCAGUCUACUUCAAGACAAGGGGAAGCAGCUGAUGGAGGAGAAUGAACGGCUAAGACAACAGGUGGUUAACAUAUCGUCGGAUGGUCAGAGGAACACGGUGGCAGCUGAAUCAGACAACAUAGUCUACGACGAAGGGCAGUCCUCGGAAUCUGUCAAUGCGUGUAACUCCAUUGGUCCUCCUCAAGAUUACGACAGCUCGGAUACGUCUCUCAAGCUGGGGCUGCCAUACUCUGGGUAACACAACAUAAAAGCCCAACUGAUGAUGAUAAAGUUUUAGUGCCUAACUUUAAUUCAUGUGUUCACACAGGACAAAACAACCUUUCUCUGUAACUUAAUUAGUAACUACUAGAUUCUUGCGUGUAGCUACUGGACUAUCUUGUUUUAAUUAAUUACUUUUAUCUAGCUGAAGAAAAAUUGAUCGUCA